AUGACUACAACAGCAGCUCCUCGAGCUCAACAAAAGGAUACAAACGGCAAUCAAUAUGCGAAUUCAGAUGCAACAUCAAGUUUUGUUGGUUUCGCUAAUUUACCCAACCAAGUUCAUCGUAAAAUUGCAAAACGUGGUUUUGAAUUUACUCUAAUGGUUGUUGGUGAAAGUGGCCUUGGGAAAGCAACACUAGUCAAUAGUCUCUUCUUAACAGAUCUUUACCCUGAACGUCAUAUUUUAACUGCGCAAGAAAAAAUUCGUCAAUCGGUUAAAAUUGAAGCAUCUACUGUUGAGAUUGAAGAGCGUGGUGUCAAGGUACGUUUGACUGUUGUUGAUACACCUGGUUACGGUGAUAGUAUCAACACAACAGAUUGCUAUAAGCCCAUAUUGAACUAUAUUGACAAUCAAUUCGAACGUUAUCUGAACGAUGAAAGUGGUCUCAAUCGUCGGAAUAUAUCAGACAAUCGUGUUCAUUGUCUUUUCUAUUUUAUUUCACCAUUUACUCGAGGAUUAAAACUAUUGGAUAUCGAAUGUAUGAAAGCUUUACAUCAUAAAGUGAACAUCGUACCGAUAAUUGCCAAAGCAGAUGCAUUGACACCUGAAGAACUAAGUCAGAUGAAACAAAAUAUUCUCGAACAAAUUCGCGAGCAUAAUAUUCAAAUUUAUCAAAUUCCGGAAUGUGAUUCCGAUGAAGACGAUGAAUUUAAAGAACAAAAUCGUCAGUUGAAAGGCGCAGUACCAUUCGCAGUUAUUUCAUCAACUCAAACACUUGAAGUCAAAGGCAAAAAAGUUCGCGGUCGCAUGUACCCGUGGGGUUUAGUUGAAGUGGAAAAUUCUGAUCAUUGCGAUUUUAUUAAACUUCGAACAAUGUUAAUAACGCACAUGCAAGAUCUACAAGAGGUGACUCAUGAAAUUCAUUAUGAGAAUUUCCGCUCAGAAAAACUUCAACCAAGAAAACAAUUACGUUCAAAUGACAUUGAUGCUGAUGAGCAACAAAAGAAAUUAAUCAAAGAGAAAGAUGAUGAACUUCGUCGAAUGCAAGACAUGUUAGCUAAAAUGCAAGGUCAAUUGGCUGAAAAGCAACAAUUAGUUACACCUUAA